GUGGACAGUUAGAAGUGAAAGAGCUUCAGCUGCUCAGAGCAGCGGCUCAGGUUCCUCCUCUAAUUAUCCAAUCAGCAGGCGGCUCCAGGUGUUCAGCAGCUUUAUCAUCCUCAGGUGAGGCGGCAGUCUGCAGCAGCUUCCAGCCGCUCUUCGGUGCUUCCCGGCGGGCAGAGAGCAGCGCAGUGGACCGGAGCAUGUCGGCGGCUCCCGGGCUGACGAUGGCCUGGGUUUGGCCCGCUUUGGUGCUUCUAGCCCGGCUCACCACGGCAGAGGAACCGCGUCGGGACGCAUACGGAGCUUUGGCCGGCUCCGAGGCGCUGAUCUCGGACUCUGAGCCGCCGAUGGAGACCCGCAGCGGGGGAGGCUUCCUGCCGGUGCUGGUGUGGAAGUUUGUGAAAGAUGCUGCAGAUGCAUCAGAUUUGGGCCGACCGCAGUUUCUCUGCAGCGACACGUCACUCUCUGUUCGCUUGUCGCUCAUCCGACACUCUGACCUGCAUCUGCAAGAUGGGAAGAGGUUGGCGUGGCUGCAGCAGGGAUGUGAUGGUUCUAUUGGGACCGUGGGGCCGUGGCUGCUGCUGAAGCUGCCUUACACCAGCUGCCAUGUGACAUCACAGGUUUCAAAUGGAACGUGGUUCCACCAGUUGAAGCUGCGUUACUUCGACCACCUGCUGCGGGAGAACAUGACGGCUGUGGUCGCCUGUGAGGAUCCUGCAACGUGGACCCUGCCGGCGGUGAGCUGCAGGAGCACAGAAGUGGCUGUGAAACUGCCUCAGGGAAGCAGACUGCAGAAGGUGAAGGCUCUGGGGAAAGAUGUGGUGGUUGGGAGGGUGCAGACCACCACUACUCCAGAGCCAGUGUUGGUGCAGAUCUCUACACCGGCAGACAAGGACUCCAUGUUUGAAGUGAUCUAUUUGGACUCGGCUGGGGAGAUGUCCACGAUGCUGGUGGCUUGUUUCAGUGCAGCCAGAGGAGAUGGGCGGGAUCGUCGGCGCAGAGCUCUGCAACACCAGAACCAGUGGGACUGGGGGGUGAAUCCUCACAGUUCGUUCAGUGUAGAACCCACACAGGGGACUGAGGAGGCUGAAAUGAUGGGAACUGUGGAACCUCCAUGUGAGGACGAUGGCUUGGCAGCUGUAACAGUGGCAACUGCAAUUACACAAGUGGCAUAUGACUACACUAAAUAUCUUGACGUUUUGAAUAACCAGUUUUCUGAUCUAUCCGACAGCCAAUAUUUUGAUGCAUUAACUCAUGGAGAUGAGAGUGUAGUAGUACCCACCGACGAACCUUGUGAUGAUGAAACAGCCACCCUGUGUGAUCAAGCAGUCACUGCAUGUCAGACUACCAUGCCCACCACAAAAAGCUUUGUCUCCACAGUGACACCUUGUGAUGAGCUGACCACAACAUUGAUGUUGACGAAACCCACAAUGAAACUGUCGAGGCCCCCCACGAGGCCCCCCACGAGGCGCCAAAAGCCGCCGAGGCCCCCCACGAGGCGCCAAAAGCCGCCGAGGCCCCCCACGAGGCGCCAAAAGCCGCCGAGGCGCCCCACGAGGCGCCAAAAGCCGCCGAGGCGCCCCACGAGGCGCCCAAAGCCGCCGAGGCGCCCCACGAGGCGCCCAAAGCCGCCGAGGCGCCCCACGAGGCGCCAAAAGCCGCCGAGGCGCCCCACGAGGCGCCAAAAGCCGCCGAGGCGCCAAAAGCCGCCGAGGCGCCCCACGAGGCGCCAAAAGCCGCCGAGGCGCCCCACAAGGCACCCCACGAGGCGCCAAAAGCCGCCGAGGCGCCCCACGAGGCCCCCGACGAGGCCCCAAAAACCACCGAGGCGGCCAUUCAGGCCCGGCAGCAGGCGGCCAUUCAGGCCCGGCAGCAGGCGGCCAUUCAGGCCCGGCAGCAGGCGGCCAUUCAGGCCCGGCAGCAGGCGGCCAUUCAGGCCCGGCAGCAGGCCCGGCAGCAGGCGGCCAUUCAGGCCCGGCAGCAGGCCCGGCAGCAGGCGGCCAUUCAGGCCCGGCAGCAGGCGGCCAUUCAGGCCCGGCAGCAGGCCCGGCAGCAGGCGGCCAUUCAGGCCCGGCAGCAGGCCCGGCAGCAGGCGGCCAUUCAGGCCCGGCAGCAGGCGGCCAUUCAGGCCCGGCAGCAGGCCCGGCAGCAGGCGGCCAUUCAGGCCCGGCAGCAGGCGGCCAUUCAGGCCCGGCAGGAGGCGCCAAUUCAGGCGUGGCAGCAGGCCCGGCAGGAGGCGCCCAUUCAGGCGUGGCACCAGGCGGCCCAGGCCCACCAGGCCUCGGCCCCCCAAGCCCACACGGCACCCCCGGCCCACCACGCCCCCUGGCCCCCAGCCCACCAGGCCCACCACACCCCCUGGGCCCCGGCCCACCAGGUGGCCCCGGCCCACCAAGCGGCCCCGGCCCACCAAGCGGCCCCGGCCCACCAAGCGGCCCCGGCCCACCAAGCGGCCCCGGCCCACCAAGCGGCCCCGGCCCACCAAGCGGCCCCGGCCCACCAGGCAUCCCAGGCCCCGGCCCACCAAGCGCCCUAGGCCCACCAAGCGGCCGCGGCCCACCAGGAAUCCCAGGCCUCAGCCCACCAAGCGCCCUAGGCCCACCAAGCGCCGCAGGCCCACCAAGCGGCCCCGGCCCACCAAGCGGCCCUGGCCCACCAGGCAUCCCAGGCCCACCAAGCGCCCCCGGCCCACCAAGCGCCCCCGGCCCACAAAGCGCCCCCGGCCCACAAAGCAUCCCCGCCCCAGGCCCACCAAGCGCCCCCGGCCCACCAGGCAUCCAAGGCCCCGGCCCACCAAGCGCCCCAGGCCCACCAGGCGCCCCAGGCCCACCAAGAGGCCCAGGCCCCGGCCCACCAAGCGCCCCAGGCCCACCAAGCGGCCCCGGCCCACCAAGCACCCCAGGCCCACCAAGAGGCCCUGGCCCACAAGGCAUCCCAGGCCCUGGCCCACCAAGCGCCCCAGGCCCACCAAGAGGCCCAGGCCCCGUCCCACCAAGCGGCCCCGGCCCACCAAGCACCCCAAGCCCACCAAGCGGCCCCGGCCCACAAGGCAUCCCAGGCCCUGGCCCACCAAGCGCCCCAGGCCCACCAAGCGCCCCCGGCCCACAAAGCAUCCCAGCCCCCGGCCCACCAAGCGGCCCCGGCCCACCAGGCAUCCCAGGCCCCGGCCCACCAGGUGGCCCCGGCCCACCAAGCGGCCCCGGCCCACCAAGCGGCCCCGGCCCACCAGGCAUCCCAGGCCCCGGCCCACCAAGCGCCCUCGGCCCACCAAGCGGCCCCGGCCCACCAGGAAUCCCAGGCCUCGGCCCACCAAGCGCCCCCGGCCCACCAAGCGGCCCCGGCCCACCAGGCAUCCCAGGCCCCGGCCCACCAAGCGCCCUAGGCCCACCAAGCGGCCCCGGCCCACCAGGAAUCCCAGGCCUCGGCCCACCAAACGCCCCAGGCCCACCAAGCGUCCUCGGCCCACCAAGCGGCCCCGGCCCACCGAGCGCCCCAGGCCCACCAAGCGCCCCCGGCCCACCAGGCAUCCCCGGCCCACCAAGCGGCCCCGGCCCACCAGGCAUCCCAGGCCCCGGCCCACCAGGCAUCCCAGGCCCCGGCCCACCAAGCGCCCCAGGCCCACCAGGCGGCCCCGGCCCACCAGGCGCCCCAGGCCCACCAAGCGGCCCCGGCCCACCAGGCAUCCCAGGCCCCGGCCCCCCAGGCGCCCCAGGCCCACCAAGAGGCCCAGGCCCACCAAGCGGCCCCGGCCCACCAAGCACCCCAGGCCCACCAAGAGGCCCCGGCCCACAAGGCAUCCCAGGCCCUGGCCCACCAAGCGCCCCAGGCCCACCAAGCGACCCCGGCCCACCAGGCAUCCCAGGCCCCGGCCCACCAGGCGCCCCAGGCCCACCAAGAGGCCCAGGCCCCGUCCCACCAAGCACCCCAGGCCCACCAAGCGGCCCCGGCCCACAAGGCAUCCCAGGCCCUGGCCCACCAAGCGCCCCAGGCCCACCAAGCGCCCCCGGCCCACAAAGCAUCCCAGCCCCAGGCCCACCAAGCGGCCCCGGCCCACAAGGCAUCCCAGGCCCUGGCCCACCAAGCGCCCCAGGCCCACAAAGCAUCCCAGCCCCAGGCCCACCAAGCACCCCAGGCCCACCAAGCGGCCCCGGCCCACCAGGCAUCCCAGGCCCACCAGGCAUCCCAGGCCCCAGCCCACCAAGCGCCCCAGGCCCACCAAGCGGCCCCGGCCCACCGGGCAUCCCAGGCCCCGGCCCACCAAGCGCCCUAGGCCCACCAAGCGGCCCCGGCCCACCAGGAAUCCCAGGCCUCGGCCCACCAAGCGCCCCAGGCCCACCAAGCGGCCCCGGCCCACCAGGCAUCCCAGACCCCGGCCCACCAAGCGCCCCCGGCCCACCAAGCGGCCCCGGCCCACCAGGCAUCCCAGGCCCCGGCCCACCAAGCGCCCCAGGCCCACCAAGCAGCCCCGGCCCACCAGGCAUCCCAGGCCCACCAAGCGGCCCAGGCCCACCAAGCGGCCCCGGCCCACCAGGCAUCCCAGGCCCCGGCCCACCAAGCGCCCCAGGCCCACCAAGCGGCCCCGGCCUACCAAGCCCCCCAGGCCCACCAGGCAUCCCAGGCCUCAGCCCACCAAGCGCCCCAGGCCCACCAAGCGGCCCCGGCCCACCAGGCAUCCCAGGCCUCGGCCCACCAAGCGCCCCAGGCCCACCAAGCGGCCCCGGCCCACCAGGCAUCCCAGACCCCGGCCCACCAGGCACCCCAGGCCCACCAAGCGGCCCCGGCCCACCAGGCAUCCCAGGCCCCGGCCCACCAAGCGCCCCAGGCCCACCAAGCGGCUCUGGCCCACCAAGCGCCCCAGGCCCACCAAGCAUCCCAGGCCCACCAAGCGGCCCCGGCCCACCAGGCAUCCCAGGCCUCGGCCCACCAAGCGUCCUCGGCCCACCAAGCGUCCUCGGCCCACCAAGCGCCCCAGGCCCACCAAGCGGCCCCGGCCCACCAGGCAUCCCAGACCCUGGCCCACCAAGCAUCCCCGGCCCACCAGGCAUCCCAGGCCCACCAGGCAUCCCAGGCCCCAGCCCACCAAGCGCCCCAGGCCCACCAAGCGGCCCCGGCCCACCGGGCAUCCCAGGCCCCGGCCCACCAAGCGCCCUAGGCCCACCAAGCGGCCCCGGCCCACCAGGAAUCCCAGGCCUCGGCCCACCAAGCGCCCCAGGCCCACCAAGCGGCCCCGGCCCACCAGGCAUCCCAGACCCCGGCCCACCAAGCGCCCCCGGCCCACCAAGCGGCCCCGGCCCACCAGGCAUCCCAGGCCCCGGCCCACCAAGCGCCCCAGGCCCACCAAGCAGCCCCGGCCCACCAGGCAUCCCAGGCCCACCAAGCGCCCCAGGCCCACCAAGCGCCCCAGGCCCACCAAGCGGCCCAGGCCCACCAAGCGGCCCCGGCCCACCAGGCAUCCCAGGCCCCGGCCCACCAAGCGCCCCAGGCCCACCAAGCGGCCCCGGCCUACCAAGCCCCCCAGGCCCACCAGGCAUCCCAGGCCUCAGCCCACCAAGCGCCCCAGGCCCACCAAGCGGCCCCGGCCCACCAGGCAUCCCAGGCCUCGGCCCACCAAGCGCCCCAGGCCCACCAAGCGGCCCCGGCCCACCAGGCAUCCCAGACCCCGGCCCACCAGGCACCCCAGGCCCACCAAGCGGCCCCGGCCCACCAGGCAUCCCAGGCCCCGGCCCACCAAGCGCCCCAGGCCCACCAAGCGGCUCUGGCCCACCAAGCGCCCCAGGCCCACCAAGCAUCCCAGGCCCACCAAGCGGCCCCGGCCCACCAGGCAUCCCAGGCCUCGGCCCACCAAGCGUCCUCGGCCCACCAAGCGUCCUCGGCCCACCAAGCGCCCCAGGCCCACCAAGCGGCCCCGGCCCACCAGGCAUCCCAGACCCUGGCCCACCAAGCAUCCCCGGCCCACCAGGCAUCCCAGGCCCCGGCCCACCAAGCGCCCCAGGCCCACCAAGCGGCCCCGGCCUACCAAGCGCCCCAGGCCCACCAGGCAUCCCAGGCCUCAGCCCACCAAGCGCCCCAGGCCCACCAAGCGGCCCCGGCCCACCAGGCAUCCCAGGCCUCAGCCCACCAAGCGCCCUAGGCCCACCAAGCGGCCCCGGCCCACCAGGAAUCCCAGGCCUCGGCCCACCAAACGCCCCAGGCCCACCAAGCGUCCUCGGCCCACCAAGCGGCCCCGGCCCACCAGGCAUCCCAGACCCCGGCCCACCGAGCGCCCCAGGCCCACCAGGCAUCCCAGGCCCACCAAGCGGCCCCGGCCCACCAAGCGGCCCCGGCCCACCAGGCAUCCCAGGCCCACCAAGCGACCCAGGCCCACCAAGCGGCCCCGGCCCACCAGGCAUCCGAGGCCCCGGCCCACCAAGCGCUCCAGGCCCACCAAGCGGCCCCGCCCUACCAAGCGCCCCAGGCCCACCAGGCAUCCCAGGCCUCAGCCCACCAAGCGCCCCAGGCCCACCAAGCGGCCCCGGCCCACCAGGCAUCCCAGGCCUCAGCCCACCAAGCGGCCCUGGCCCACCAGGCAUCCCAGGCCCCGGCCCACCAAGCGGCCCUGAUUCCCAUGGAGAGAUGUUUCCUCAAUUCCUCCCAUCCAACAGUUCUAUCUCCUAUGUCUAAUUGAAAUAAAUUAUACUUUUGCAUCAAA